CCUUCCUCCUCAGCCCAGCGGCAUGGCCGCGGCCACCCCGGUGACCAGCCUGGAAGAGGAGGUCAGCUGCCCCAUCUGCCAGGGCGCCCUCAGGGAGCCGGUCACCAUCGACUGCGGCCACAACUUCUGCCGCGGCUGCCUCACGCGGUACUGCGAGACCCCGGGCCCGGCCGAGGGGGCCCCCGCCUGCCCGCUCUGCAAGGAGCCUUUCCGCGCCGGCGGCUUCCGGCCCAACUGGCAGCUGGCCAGCGUGGUGGCGAACAUCGAGCGCCUCAAGUCGGGGUCCAGGCCGGGCGCGGGGGGCGCCUGCCCGGAGCACGGGGAGAAGCUCUACUUCUUCUGUGAGGAGGACGAGGCGCAGCUGUGCGCGCUGUGCCGCGAGGCCGCCGAGCACCGUGCCCACGCCGUGCGCUUCCUGGAGGAGGCGGCGGGGCCCUACAGGGAACAGAUACAGACGUGUCUUGAGUGUCUAAGAAAAGAGACAGAGGAGAUUCAAGAAAUUCAGUCAAGAGAAAAUCAAAGGAUACACUUCCUCCUGACCCAGGUGGCCACCAGGAGACAAAGAGUGAUCUCUGAGUUCGCACGCCUGCGCCAGUUCCUGGAGGAGCAGCACAGCGCUCUCUUGGCCCAGCUGGAGGGGCUGGAGGGGGACAUCUUGAAGCAACGGGAUGAGUUUGACAUGCUGGUCACUGGGGAGAUGAGCCGGUUCAGCGCCCUGAUCACGGAGCUGGAGGAAAAGAAGGAGCAGUCAGCCAGGGAGCUCCUGACGAAUAUCAGGAGCACACUAAUAAGAUGUGAAGCCAGAAAGUGCCGGAAACCAGAGGCUGUGUCCCCUGAGCUGGGCCAGAGGAUCCGGGACCUCCCCCAGCAGGCCCUUCUGCUGCAGAGGGAGAUGAAGGUGUUUCUGGAAAAACUCUGCUGUGAGUUGGACUAUAAACCAGGUGCUAGGAAGCGUGUGGAGAAGAAAAUGAAAUUCCAGAUGUAA